AUGUUUGUGACNAACAUCGGCCGCGUUGCGUAUACGACCGUGCUGGCCGCGGUGGCUGGAGCUGGGGAGCACACUUGCAGCCCUACCGAUCCGUGCAACCCCGCAGAGCGGUGCCCUCCCGCUGAGCCGCAGGGUGGCGUGAGCUUCGCCCAGCGAGCGGAGAGCCUUGGGGUGAGGGAGAAAACGUUCCGCGCGGCGCAUGUCCGGAUGCACCAUACCGACCAUACUAUCCCCCCGCCGCAAGCUCUGGAAGAGGGGCGCUACUACUGCUGGACUACACGCAAGACGAGGAGCGACGCGACGGACGAACGUGUGCUGGAGUUAGCGAUCCGGUUCUGGCACUGCGACGACGUCUCGCGUGCAUCGAUCGGGCGAUUCACCAGUUCAUGGGGGCGGAGAACCAGGACCAAAGGCUUAGAAGUAGCCUAGGGGUGGAACCAGCAGAUAGUAGAGUCGUGGUAGCGGCAGGGGAUGAACACGCGAACCCUGGCCCCGAAGUAGUCGGACCAGCCCCGCGCCCCGAAAAGGUUAGGAGAAAAUACACGUGCCGUGUUCGCAGGGCUCGGUAGCAUUUUGAGUGCCUCACUUGGUCGUAUUAAUUUAUUUUGAUCUCGUUCGUGGUCAUUGCUGGUGGUGGUGGUGGUGCUGCUGCUGCUGCUGUUUUGUGUUGUGUUGUUGUGUAAAGCAUGCUGUGAGUUGUUAUAUGCCGCCAGUGACAGUGCUGUUUCGUUGUCGUUGAGGAAACUAACGGAGAAACCGGAUUGUGCUCUUCGGGUGUUUUUACCGUCAAAAACAACUACACUUCA